AUGGCCCCGUGGCCCGCACCUCCUCCGCCUCCGCCUCCGCCUCCACCUCUCGCCGCGCCGCCGCCGCCCGGCGCCUUGGCUAAGGGGCCGCCGGCGCGCAAGCUGCUGUUUAUGUGCACCUUGUCCCUGUCAGUCACCUACCUGUGCUACAGCCUCCUGGGCGGCUCGGGAUCCCUGCAGUUCCCCCUGGCGCUGCAGGAGCCGCCGGGCGCCGCCGCCGAGCCCCCGCCAAGCCUGCCGCCGCCCUCCCUGCCGCCUCCCCCCGUGCGCCUCGGCGCCCCCUCGCAGCCGCCCGCGCCGCGGCCGGACAACGCGAGCCGCGUGGAGCCGCCGGAGCCCCCCGAGCAGCCCGCCGCGCCUGGGGCCGACGGCUGGGGGCUGGCGAGCGGCGGCGGUGGCGCAGGGGGCGCCUGGCUCCGGACCCCGCCGGCCCCCAGCGAGAUGGGCACGGCGCAGAGCGCGCUGCUGGAGAGGGACGCGCAGGAGUCCAGCACCACCGACGAGGAGCUCUCAGGCCGGAGGGCGGCCAACGGGAGCAGCGAGCGGGGCGGCGCCGCCAGCACCCCGGACUACGGGGAGAAGAAGCUGCCACAGGCGCUGAUCAUCGGGGUCAAGAAAGGGGGGACCCGCGCGCUGCUGGAGGCGAUCCGCGUGCACCCGGACGUGCGGGCGGUGGGCGUAGAGCCGCACUUCUUCGACAGGAACUAUGAGAAGGGCUUGGAGUGGUACAGAAAUGUGAUGCCCAAGACCGUGGAUGGGCAGAUCACCAUGGAGAAGACGCCGAGUUACUUUGUGACAAAUGAGGCACCUAAGCGCAUCCACUCCAUGGCCAAGGACAUCAAAUUGAUUGUGGUGGUGAGGAACCCCGUGACCAGGGCCAUCUCCGACUACACCCAGACGCUGUCCAAGAAGCCCGAGAUCCCCACCUUCGAGGUGCUGGCCUUCAAAAACCGGACCCUGGGGCUGAUCGACGCGUCCUGGAGCGCCAUCCGCAUCGGGAUCUACGCGCUGCACCUGGAGAGCUGGCUGCAGUACUUCCCGCUCUCCCAGAUCCUCUUCGUCAGCGGCGAGCGGCUCAUCGUGGACCCCGCCGGGGAAAUGGCCAAAGUGCAGGAUUUUCUCGGUCUCACGCGUGUCGUGACCGAGAAGCAUUUCUACUUCAAUAAAACCAAGGGGUUCCCUUGCCUCAAGAAGCCAGAAGACAGCAGCGCCCCCAGGUGCUUGGGCAAGAGCAAAGGUCGGACUCAUCCCCGCAUCGACCCAGAUGUGAUCCACAGACUGCGGAAAUUCUACAAGCCCUUCAACAUGAUGUUUUACCAAAUGACUGGUCAAGAUUUUCAGUGGGAGCAGGAAGAGGGGGACAAAUAA